AUGUCUAUUGUUAUUAUAUGUAUUUAUCCAAAAAUUAAGACUUAUAUUAUAUUAAAUUUUUAUUUAAUUUUAGAAUCUGGGAAAAGUGGAAAUGCAAUUAUAGAUGAUUUUAUUCUUAAAAAUGAACUAAGAUGGAUUCCUUAUAACAAAUUUAAAAAUGUUAAAUAUCUUAAUGAAGGAGGAUUUGGUACUAUAUACAAAGCUGUUUGGUUAGGAUAUGAAGAAGUAAUUCUUAAAUGUCACAGGAAUUUAAAUGAAAAUUUAAAUGAAUUUUUGGAAGAAUGGGAAUAUCAUAUAAGUGUUUUAAGUUCAAAUGAUAUUAUAUAUUUUUAUGGAUUUACAAAAGAUCCAAAUACUUCAAAAUAUAUGGUAGUAAUUGAUUAUGCAAAUAAAGGUAAUUUAAGAGAAAAUUUAACAAGAAUAGUUAAAAAUAAUUGGAAUCAAAAAUUAUAUAUAUUGUACGAAAUUAUUUCUGGACUUAGUGAGAUACAUGAAAAAAGUCUUAUUCAUUGUGAUUUUCAUGAUGGCAAUAUUUUAAAUCAUAAUUAUAAGAAUAAGGAUAAAAUUUAUAUUAGUGAUUUAGGAUUAUGUCAACCUGUAAAAUCAUUUUUGAAAAAGUAUGAUAUUUAUGGUGUUAUACCAUUUAUGGCUCCUGAAGUUUUAAAAGGCAAAUCUUAUACUCCAGCUAGUGAUAUAUAUAGUUUUUCUAUGAUUAUGUGGGAAUUUACAUCUGGUGUCCCACCAUUUAAUAAUAGAGCACAUGAUAUUCAACUUAGUUUAAGUAUUUGUAAAGGUGAACGUCCUAAAAUUAUUGAAAAUACUCCACAGUGUUAUGUAGAUUUAAUGAAAAAAUGUUGGAAUGAAAAUCCAUUAAAAAGACCAUCUUCUAAAGAAGUAUUAAAAAUUAUUGAAAAAUGGAUUUUCCGUCCUUUUGAAGUCAGUGAAGAAUUAAAAAGCAACCUUAUGGAAUUUAUAAAUGCACCGAUUGGGCAUAAUAAUCUUGCUACUAAAUAUCAUCCUAAAGCAUGUUAUAAAAGUCGCUUACUUGAUUUUACUAGUAAAAAAUUGAAUGAAAUUCUUGAAAGUGAAGAUUCACAAGCAUAUUAUGCAAGUCAUUUUAGUAGUGAAGAAGUGAAUGAAAUGCCAAUAAGUGAAGAUUUGAAUGAUUGUAUAGUUAAUGAUAUGAAGUCUUUAGAUAUUAAAACAGAUUAA